UCUUCUGUGAUGUAGGUCCCGGUCUUUGACACCAGACUCACACCUUACGCACGGUGGACGAUCUAUAUAUAAACGACUGUUGCUGACCAUUUCAAACCACAGUUGACCAACGUUCUCGGUGCAGCUUGUUGAUCGAUUAAACAUGGCAAAGGUUAACAUGAACACGCUGAAAUGUUUUCUGCUUUUCGGAUUGGUGCUGGUCCAUGGCACUGAUGCUACCAAAGGAAAGGGAAGAGGUGGCGGCGGCUACGGUAUGAGCUAUGGAGGAGGAGGUGGAUAUGGUGGCGGAGGACAUGGAGGAGGAGGGGGAUACGGUGGCGGAGGACAUGGUGGUGGCGGGUAUGGCGCUGCACCUCCACAAAUCAUCUACAUUCCUGCUCCUCAACCAGUUUAUAUUCCCGCUCCUCAGCCGAUCCAUCACGCUCCUCCUCCGCCUAGACCGGCUCCUGUUCCUUCUUACGGUGGAGGUGGGGGCCAUAGAGCUCCAUCAGGAGGAUCAGGAGGCGCACCAGUUCACGUUCAUGUUCAUUCUGCUCCUGUUCAUCAAUCGGCUCCUUCUUACGGUGGAGGCGCUGGAUACGGUGGAGCGUCCGGAGGCGGUCAUUCCAGCGGUGGAUAUGGUGGGGCGUCCGGAGGCGGUCAUUCCAGCGGCGGAUAUGGUGGGGCAUCCGGAGGCGGUCAUUCCAGCGGCGGAUAUGGUGGGGCGUCCGGAGGCGGUCAUUCCAGCGGCGGGUACGGUGGGGCAUCCGGAGGCGGUCAUUCCAGCGGCGGAUAUGGUGGGGCGUCCGGAGGCGGUCAUUCCAGCGGCGGGUACGGUGGGGCAUCCGGAGGCGGUCAUUCCAGCGGCGGAUAUGGUGGGGCGUCCGGAGGCGGUCAUUCCAGCGGCGGAUAUGGUGGGGCGUCCGGAGGCGGUCAUUCCAGCGGCGGAUAUGGUGGGGCAUCCGGAGGCGGUCAUUCCAGCGGCGGAUAUGGUGGGGCGUCCGGAGGCGGUCAUUCCAGCGGCGGAUACGGGGGAGCGUCAGGAGCUGGAUAUGCUUCUGCUCCAUCUUUCCAGCUGCCUCCAGUUUCCUCUUAUGGUCCUCCUCCUCCUCAAGUAGGAGGUUAUUAACUCCGCCGUUUUCCCUUUACAAAUCCUGAAUAAUCUCAGAAUAUUUGUCAUCCAUUGCUUGAAUAAUUUCAUCGGUCCUCAUAUAUUUCUUAAACUAUUUUCACUAUCGUCUUUAUCUUUACAGAUUUUGAGAAGUAUUCUUCAUUACCGAUUUCUCAAGUGUUCCUAAUAAACCAACUUUAAUAUUUACUAUAAUUCCGAAUAAACAUUUCUGUGUAUAGUAGA